AUGGACGGCUUCUGGACGUUGCUCUUGCUGAGCACUGUUAUGGGCGGCGCCUCGUUUCUUGCCGGCCUGCUUCCGCUCUCUUUCUCUCUCUCUCCAAGGAAUUUGCGCUUGAUCACAGCGCUGGGAACUGGCGUCUUGGUGGGCACUUCUUUGAUUGUCAUCAUCCCAGAAGGCGUGGACACGCUCUACAAAGCAAGCACGUCAUCGCAUGGCCAUGGUCAUGAUGAGCGAAGCUUGCCUGUCUCGCGAAGGAGCCUUGUCCCGUGGAACACGUCCCCGGAGGCACAGCAUCACGAUCACUGGAAACGAUUCGCCACAUCGGAGGAUCCAAGUGAUCUGAGUGCUGGGCUGCAAUCGGGCCCAGACGAUGGGUUCAACCCUCUGCACUCGAAUCCUGCUCUCACCACGACCCCGGCAGAGAACGAGAGUGGUGCGGGAUCUCGGACGGCUGCAGAGCGUGAGCCGCACGCGUGGAUUGGCGUUUCACUCGGCUUUGGGUUCUUGUUGAUGUUUUUGAUCGACAAAGUACCACGCCACGCCAGCAAACACUCACAGCCCCAGAGUUUCCCAAUCAGUCUGAAUCAAUUCAGCAUCAACAACUCACGUUCCACACCGACGGAGGAAACAACGACUCCACGGGAUGAUGUAGUAUCAACGACCCCGUACAGACUCAAUCCUGGGCCGAGCUCGACAACAAUGGGCUUGGUGAUUCAUGCUACUGCCGAUGGAAUCGCAUUGGGUGCUUCAUCAACAACAAGCAGUGACCUCAGCUUUGUGAUAUUCAUUGCCCUGCUCAUACAUAAGGCGCCCGCGGCUUUCGGCCUCACAUCUGUGCUCCUCAAGCAGGGCUUGUCGACUCGAGAGGCUAGAACGCACUUGGUGAUCUUCUCGCUUGCAGCCCCCAUUGGCGCACUUCUCGCUUGGUCUGCSAUCAAACUUGGUCUUUUUUCGAUGGUGUCCCCUGGUGGCAGUGCCAGUGCAGAGUUUGCUGUCGGUUGUGUCUUGCUCUUCUCCGGCGGGACUUUCCUCUAUGUUGCGAUGCACGCGGUACAGGAGGGGGGUUUGCACGACCAAACGCAUGACAUGGAGUACGCGGGCUCUCCAAGGGACGAUGCUUACACUCCACAUAUGCCCAACCCGUCGCAAUCGCACAUUCCAGCAAUAGUGGACACGCUGGUGACAGCGGGAGGGAUGCUCCUACCACUUUUGACACAAUUUGGACAUUCUCAUUGA